CAAACAAAAUGUCCUCUACGUCAGACUGAUCAGAAUUUUAAAAAUGUGUCAUAUCAAUCAAGUCAAAAAAUUUCAAAAAUUGUUCCUGUAACCAUUUUUAGUGGAAAUAAUAACAGUACUUAUAUUGGAUCAGAGAGCCACCCAAUUCAUUGUUAAAGUAUGAUAAACUAAAAGUUAAACAAUUAGGCAUGCACUUCAUAUUAUAUUUAAUGAAAUAUAACCCACUGGUACUCGUACAAACUUGACGGCAAGCAAAUUCAACAAAUUUUUCCUCAUUUAUUAGUUUUUCACUACCGUUAAGUUUGGAAACAAGCGCUGUUGCCAAAUAAAAACAUAUACAGUCGGAAAAAUGAAAGAAUACCCAUGAACGAUCACAUCAAUCACAUAUUUUGUAUUUGCUGUUUUUUUUUCAUAAAUAAUAAAUGAGAGAGAUAGAUGAAUAAUAUGUGAUUGAUGUGAUCGUUCAUGGGUAUUCUUUCAUUUUUUCGACGGUAUGUAUUUACCACAGCAACUACAGGUGACACUGUUUCUCUUUGUCUUUAAGAAUGUGAAACAAAGAUAACUACAGUGGGAAAAAUAAAGAAUACCCAUGAACUAUCACAUUGAUCACUUAUUUUGUGUUUCCUAUCUUUUUCUAUAACAAACGUUUAUUAUUUAUAGAAAAAGACAACAAACAUAAAUUAAGUGAUUGAUGUGAUCGUUCAUGGGUAUUCUUUCAUUUUUCCAACUGUAUCUGUAAUAUACGCUGAGCUCGUAGGUAGAGGGGAUAAUUAAAAAAUCGCGAGAGUCAGUAGUGACAAGUCUGUAAACCUUUACUGGAAAUUUGACAUAAAUGUCAAAGUGAAUAAUUUAAAAUUGAAAUUAAAAACAUUAAUUAGAAAAAAUAUUAGUUGGUCAAAGCUGUGGUAUAUAUUUUUAUCUUAAGUAUACUUACGGUUUAAAUACUGAAUUAAGUUUUUUUAAUAUGUUGUAAUAUCUAAUUAUAAUUAGAUAUAAAUCAUCUAAGCGCCAUCUACACGAUAAUUGUGAAUGUAUCUGAAGUAAGAAAUUAAUAUUUCAUUGAGAGAACGUUAAAACAGUUAGCAAAAUUUUUAAAAAAUCGAUUACAAUUUAAUUACUUUUUUGCGUUUUAAAUAUUAAGCGAUAACAAUUAAAUAAUACAUUUAAAAAUUACUGGUGAAAGUUGAAUUAGUAAUCCGCUAGGAGCGACACCAGCGAAGCUCAGAGCGUAUAAGUGGGUGCGUUUGGACGACCAUAGCGGCUGACUGUCAGCAGAAAUCGGCUGAGUGGUUGUAUCCAGCUGUGAUAGGGAAAGCUUAGUAAAUCUCUCAGAGGCUGACUUCCAGCGGUGACGUCUGACAGCUACUGCUGGCUCAGCUGUCCAGCCGCUGUGGUCAUCCGAACGCACCCAGUGUCAGUCAUGUUUUCCUAUAGUAUAGAAGGCUUAGAUAGAAGGUUAUGUAAGAUUUUUGUUUGUUUAUUUUUUCUUCUUCUUUUGUGGCCUUUGGAAGCUGUGCCCAUUUAGCCAGCAACAUUUCUUAAAAUUAAUGCCUAACUAAACCUACCAUACAAGAAAACCAUUACGAACCUAAACAACCAAUCAAGGAUACGGAAGGGAAAGUAAAGUUAUUUAAAAAAUAAACUGUUGUUAAAAUAUAAACUAAAUAAAUGAAAUAUAAAUUGAAAACAAUAAUUUGACAUUAUAAAUGUAACCUCCAAUAUUAUGACAGACGUCAGUUAGCAUGACAUCAUAUAUUAUACUCGUCACUAAUUCUAGCCAAUGAAAUGUUUCUGUAAGAGGAAUGGCAUAUCAAAAAAAUCUGACUAUUCUCUAUAUAUUUUUUCAAAUUUAGAAUAUGGCAACAAGGGGAAAGUUAUGUGCAUUCCUCAUUGUUUGACUUUUUCUAUAUCUUUAGUAUCAGGUCAUCAUACAAUACAAAUACUUCCUGCAAUGAUUGGAAGUAAUGCAGAACAAGAAUUGAAUUUGGAAUCGCCGAGAAAAAGGAUUGGUGUACAAAAUAAGAAAGUAUAUAAAGGACAACAAACAUCUUCCAUAAGCGAUCAAAAUUGUAUAACUGAAAUUCAGGAAAUAGAUUCUGCUCCACCUUUAGAAAAACUGUAAAUAGUAUUUAAGGCAACGAUUGUGAAUGAGUGAGAAGUCUAAUAAAGCCACGACGAGAUACUGUAUUAGAGCGUACGAUUUGGAGGUAUUUUUGAUUAGAUAAAUUUUGUAAAGUACAAUAUAAGUUAGAUUUGAUAAUGUGUAGUAUUUCCUAAUAAAUUAAAUACUAUUAAGUGUUUAUUGUUCUUGUAAGUUAGUGUGGUAAAUAAAUAAUAUGAAGUAAG